AUGGAUGAUCCGUACGCGAACUUUGAUUAUGAAGACGAAGGCGCUGACGCUUUUGAUACGAACAUUGAUAACGAUGAGGAGUUCAAGCGCGCACUGACUAGCCAUGGUCGCCAAGGAUAUCGAGGCGGGACUAGCGCUGGCAAUAGAAACAUCUCUACGGCUUUCAAGCCCCAAAAUGACAACCGCCCAACUACAGGCAUCACUGGCGCUGGAUAUCAGAAGUCUACACUCAACUUGAGCAAGAAGAACUCAAAUACGAUCGUAGAAGAAGGAGAUGAAGAACGAAUGGAAGAAGAGAGGAUUCGCGAGAUCGAGCGAAACAUCUCCAAGAUGGUCGAUCAGUCAAUCAUCUGCCAAUCAAAAGGUGAUUCUCGCAGAGCCCUAGAAAUCGCAAAGAGUGCAGCGAGAAAGGAACGCGAUGUGACCAAGAAGCGUGAUGCGAGUGGACUCAGUGAUGGACAGAAUAUGGAUCUGACUUUUUCCGUUCAUUUCAACGUAGCUGUUCAGUACGAAAUGAAUGAUCUGUACUCUGAGGCUCUGCAAGCCUAUCAAGUCAUCGUGAAGAAUAAAAUCUUCCAAAAUGUCGGUAGAAUUCGAGUCAACAUGGGAAACAUUCAUUUCAAGCUGCGGGAGUUCUCCAAGUCAGUAAAACAGUAUCGCAUGGCGCUGGAUCAGGUCCCAUCACACUAUCGAACGAUGCGAAGCAAGAUACAAGCGAACAUCGGCGCAUGCUUCAUCAAGCUCGGUCAAUUUCACGACGCUGCCAGCGCAUACGAGCAUAUCAUGUCCGAACAUCCCGAUUUCAAGCCUGGAUUCAAUUUGAUCAUGUGCUACUACGCGAUGAAGGACGCAGAGAAAAUGCGACGAGCGUUUAUUCGUCUUCUCAACGUCACCUCUGGCGUCGACGAAGAAAAAUAUCAAAUUGCGACAGACGACAAGAACGAAGCCGCUCAUUUGGAAGCCAUUUCUUCCGACCCUCUUAGAGCUCUCGAAAGACAGCGUAAGACACUUGCUGAGCGAACAAUUGUCCAAGCGGCGAAGAUGAUCGCCCCAUACAUCGAAGAGCACAAUUUCUCCGCUGGCUUCGAUUGGUGCGUCAAUCAAGUCAAACAAAGCCCAUAUGGGGAGCUUGCGAGUGAUCUGGAAAUUCACAAGGCGCUGACAUAUCUCAAGGAGCACAGCUUUGAGCCCGCAAUAAAAAUUUUGAAAAACUUGGAGAAGAAAGACUCGAAUGUCCGUUCGCAGUCCAAUAACAACCUUUCCUUCAUCUACUUUCUCCAGCAAAAAAAUGCAGAAGCAAGUACAUUUGCCUCAAAAGCGCUACAGGCUGAUAAGUACAAUCCGAGCGCGCUGGUGAACAAGGGAAAUACGGUUGCUUUCGAUGGUGAUUGGAGCAGCUCGAUUCAAUACUACCAGGAAGCCCUACGAGUAGAUGCAGAAUGCAGAGAAGCUCUUUACAACCUCGGCAUUGCUUGCAAGCGGGUAGACCGAAAAGAAGACGCACUCGAAUCCUUCAUGAAGCUGCAUCAAAUUCAACGAACAAAUCCACAAGUCAUGUUUAUGAUUGCCGACGUCUACCGAUCGAUGGGCGACAAUAGCGCUGCUGUUGAGUGGCUUCAGCAAGCGUUGUCUGUUUCUCAUAAUGACCCGAAACUGUUGCAAGAACUCGGAGCUAUAUUUGACCAGGAAGGAGACAAGUCGUCGGCGUUCCAGCACAACUAUGACUCCUACAAACUCUUCCCCGGCGACAUCCGCGUCAUCGAAUGGCUCGCUAGCUACUACAUCGAGUCUCAAUUUCCAGAGAAAGCCGCCAACUACUUCGCGCGAGCUUCCGUCAUUGAUCCACAUGAAGUAAAGUGGCAUCUUAUGAAUGCAGCCUGUCUCCGAAAGAUUGGAAAUGUCCACCAAGCGCUUGAAAAAUACAGAGAGACGCAUAAGAAGUUCCCUGAGUCGAGAGAAGUGCUCGAAUACCUGGUCCGAUUAUGUACGGAUAUGAGGAUGGAUCAAGAAGCAAAGGAAUUUGCUCAUAAACUGAAACGACUCGAUAAAUCACUCAGGGAGCGAGAAACUCGUGAGACCCGUGUGGGAUCAGCGACCAAGGGAAGACAAAAAAGUGCAAGCUCACGAAGGGGCUCCAGUAAAACUCGCAAUAAUGACCGAAUAGGAUCCGGUCGUAUCGGUUCCGGCCGUGCUGGAUCUGCAAAAUCGCGUGAUGCAGGCAGCGCUAUUUCGAAAAGCAGCUUGGAAAGGGAGGACUCUGAAAUAGUUUAUGAGAAGAUUGAGCCAGACGUGAACAUACCUGAGUCAGUUCCGUCGAAUGCUGACUAUCGACCUAAGACAUCCGCUGGAAAGCGCCAAAAUGACGAUUUUGAUGAUUUUGAUGACAACGACGAGCUCCUUCCAGAAUAA